AUGCCAUCUCAAUAUGUAAUCAAACUUCCACUAGAUCAUGAUGAUAAACAACAACAAUAUUGUCGAUUAGAGAAAGAAGAUCCAUUAGGUUUUCUCACAGAAGUAGGAGAUAUGUUUCAAGGUAAGAAUAAGGGAAAGUAUGAUGAGUUUUUAGGAAUUAUGAAGGAUUUCAAGGCUAACAGAAUUGAUACAAGUGUUGUUAUGGAGAGAGUGAAGGAGCUGUUUAAAGGGCAUAUAACUUUGAUUUUGGGGUUUUAUGAGUUCUUGCCGGAGGAAUACCAUAGAUUAGAGGAAGAACAUGCCUUAGCUUUUGUCAAGAAAGUAGGAGAUGUGUUUCAAGGUGAGAAUAGGGAAAAAUAUGAUGAGUUUUUAGAAAUUUUUAAGGAUUUCAAGGCUCGGAGAAUCUAUAAAAUAAGAAAACAAGUGUACCUGGUUAAGACUCAUUUGCCAUUUGCUUAA